AUGCCUCGAGUAUCACUACAAAUUGGCGGAAAACCAUUUCUUUGGCAUUUCUUCGGCCAUAAUAAUGUGGACAAAGAUAUCGAUGAGACAUCGAGGGAAAUAGAUGAUCAGUCGCCGGCCUAUGAAAAAUUAAAUUGGUCAACAAGUGAUUGGAUUACAAAACACAACUAUACAUUGGAACACCACCACGUUGUAACAGCAGAUGGUUACAAUUUAACAUUACAUCGUAUGCCACGACCAGGUCAUCGUCCAAUAUUAUUAAUACAUGGUUUGUUAACCUCCUCCCUGGCCUGGGUUAUCAUGGGUCCUGCCAAGAGUUUAGCCUUUCAGCUGUUUAACAAUUACUAUGAUGUUUGGUUGGCCAAUAUGCGUGGUUCUCCUUGGUCGCGCAAUCAUUCACGUUUCACAAUCGAGGAUAGUGAUUUUUGGAGUUUUAGUUUUCAUGAAUGGGGUAGCUAUGAUCUGCCAGCCAUUGUUGACCACAUACUUUUACUAAUUGGUCAUUCACAGGCCUUAAAUGCCAUUUUGGUAAUGUGUUCUUUGCUGCCACAGUACAAUGAACGUUUGCAGUUUGUUCAGUCGCUGGCUCCAACGGUGGCUUUAAAGGGCCAUGUUAAAUUUGGCAGUGAGGAUGUGAGGAAAGUAAUGAAAUUUAUAAAGAAUAAAUCCAAAUCCCAAGAAUUUGAAUUGUUGCCCAAACAGUUUAUGCGAGACAAAUGUGUGAAAUCUUCCGAGAGAAGGGAGUGCGAAAAGUGGCUGCAUUUAUUAGCGGGCAGUGGACAAUCCGACAAGCUUUCAAAUACUCUUUUAUAUGGUCAACUAUUACGAGGAGGCUCCCUUAAAUCAAUCCGCCAUUUACAACAAAUCUGGAAAUCGGGAGACUUUGUGGCCUAUGACUAUGAACCAGCAGGAAAUUUACUUAACUAUCGCACAGUGGAACCCUUAAACUAUGACCUAAAGAAAGUCUCAGUGCCAAUGGUUUUAUAUUUUGGAGAAACCGAUAAUUUAGCCUCACCCGAAGGCGUUCACCAUAUCUACGCCCAUUUAUUGGAGGGCAUUAAGGGCGUGUAUCGCAUAGCCGCGGCCAAAUUUAAUCAUUUCGAUUUCUUCAUCUCCUCUGAGGUGAAACCCCUACUAAAUAAUCGCUUAAUAGAAGAUCUAGAUAAGUUUUUGAAACAUCAACUAAAAUACAUAAUCGAAUAA